AUGGAGCCGGAAGGGGUUAGCACGAAGCGUUCAGGAACGAAACCCAAGAUACUGAUCACCCCUGACUUAGUGAAUAAAGAGAUUGUUUCUCUCCGGGCACCUAUCAAGCAGGCCCAACGUUUUCUUCAACAAAAGCUUCUAAGAAAGAAAAAGUUCUUGUCACAAUGUAAUGAAAAAAAGGAAGAUCCGAAGGCUGCACGUAAAAUCGAGAAAAUUGAGGAAGAAUUGAACGAGAUAAAGGGUUUGAAAGUAGAUGAUGUUGCGAAGUUGGCGCUUGUAAAUGAUGAACCCAAGGUCAAGCUUCUGCCCGGUGCGAAAAAUGCAAAUGAAAGAGUGAUGUAUUCACUAAUUUUUGAGAAACCCAUUCUCAAGUGUGUCGAGAAGUAUCAAGCAACAUACUCAGAUUGGAGAAGUGCAACACCAUAUUUUCUUCAACGGCUCGGUGUGCGAAAUAAAAACUUCAAAGAAAAAGCACUAAAAGCUCGUUUGACAGAUGCAAACGCUAUACCACUUGGAAAGAGAUCUGUUUCUGGCGAAGAGACCACCGACGAGUCUGAUGAUGAAGAUGACAGUAACGACGAAGAAGGUGAAGAAAGCAAUGAGGACGAAGUGGCUACCAGAAAUGUAGUUGAUGACGACGAUGACAUUGACGACGAUGAAGCUGACAACGAUGAUGCUGACGACGAUGACGCUGACGACGAUGACGCUGACGACGAUGACGCUGACGACGAUGACGCUGACGGUAGUGAGGAAGAAGCUAGCAAUGAAGAUGAGGAUGACGAAGAACCAUCCGAUGUCGAGAUGGGAACUGAUAGUGAGGAUGAUUCGGAGAAAACAGUUGAGAGGCGCAACUUGUUGUUGGGCUUAGCAGGGGUUAAAGAGAAUAAGGAACGACCUAAGAUAGCGCCAAGAAAGAAGGAGAUUGUAGAAACAGAUGAGGAAGAUAAUGAAGACGAAGAAGAGGAAAAUGGUCAAAGCAAAUCUACAGCUGCACAACCUAAGCUUCUCUCUGAGAAGAAGCAAGAGGAAUCGAAGAAAGCUACACAAAAGAAAAAAAAGAAAACAGAAAUAGAUGCUUCUAUAAAACAGAAAACAGAAGUAAAGGUUCCUAAGAAACAAGAAGCGGCAGCACUUCCGGAAUCGCAAGUUCCAGAAGAUGCCAAAAAGGUUUCCAAAAAGAAGAAGAAGAAAGUUGGUACUCUACAGAGUAUGUUGGAUGUAGCACAACUUAGAUCAUCAGAAGAGGGAGUCAUUCAACGGAUUGAACUUAGUCGGGGAGGUGAAGUGUCUUUCAAAAACACCAACAAACAGAAAAUGAAUGACGAAGAAAAGAAAGAAGCUCCUUCUGCGGCAACCUGUAGCAAUUACGAUCCGUUCUUCCAAUCUUGUGAUACUGAUUCUAAUGAAGAAGGUGAACAAAGUGCUGAUGAUGACGAAGAUUUGCCAAUUCUCAACUAUCCUAAAGGAGAGAAAGGAUCAAUGAGACAGAAUGUUGGUAGAAACAAAGCUUUCAAUAGAGAAGAAGGAAAAGGUUCCGGUAGAGGAGGUGGAAGAGACUUUGAUAGAGCUGGUGGAAGAGGUUCUGGUAGAGGAGGUGGAAGAGGUUCCGGUAGAGGAGGUGGAAGAGACUUUGAUAGAGCUGGUGGAAGAGGUUCUGAUAGAGGAGGUGGAAGAGGUUCAGGUAGAGGAGGUGGAAGAGGUUCAGGUAGAGGAGGUGGAAGAGACUUUGAUAGAGCUGGUGGAAGAGGUUCUGGUAGAGGAGGUGGAAUGGGAUCGGAUAGGGCAGGUGGAAGAGGUUUUGAUAAUGGUUCCAAGAAUAAAUCCCACUCCGAAAACAGAGUUCAGAGAACGUUCGCUGCAGAAAAACCAAAUCCUGCCAAAGGACCUGCUGGAAUACCCGAGGAACUUCAUCCAAGUUGGGCUGCUAAGCGUUUGAAAAAAGAGCAGCUUGCUGCAAAACCUCAAGGAACGCGAACUGUUUUCGGUGAAGAUUAG